GAUAAGACUUGAUCGGUUGUGUUCUGAUUUUUGUUGAGGAGGUAUAGCCUAGGCUAUCUGCAUAAUGUGUUUGACGAUAUAACCCUCAGCAUCAGUACCAGGCUCAAUCAGAAACACCUUGAUGAACCACCACCUGGAAUACAAGGACUAUUACAAUGAAGUCGACUUUCACAUAGAUCACAUCUCGUUUCUAAACCAGUGUAUAUAAUAGAUUAUAACACCACGUUGGCUGGCGUUUUGCAGGGUACUUUAUUACAUGGAGCUAUUUCCACCUUUUUGUCCCCGAGUAGAGUAUUGUUUGUUGAAGUACACAUAAAAACGACCACUGCUCGCAAACUAUGGACGAGGAGAAUAUGACACAAAGCGACGAGCAGCAUUUGAGUUUGCAAAAAGCUUUGCAGCAGUGCGAGUUGGUUCAAAAUAUGAUAGACAUAAGCAUUUCCAGCUUGGAGGGUUUGAGGACCAAAUGUGCCACAUCCAACGACUUGACACAAAAAGAAAUACGAACGCUGGAGGGAAAGCUGGUGAAGUACUUCAGUCGCCAGCUGUCCUGUAAGGUGAGAGUGGCCUCACAGGAGGACAACACUGAGCUACAGGACUUCCCCAGACUGGGACACUGGUUCCGCAUCGUCAACCUGAGGAAGGAGGUCACUGAGGUACAUUGA